GGCAAAGUGUGGCUGUUUGAGUGGAGCGGUGUGUGCAGACAUGGCGGCUUUUUAACGAAGCGAACUGAAGUCGGAAGAGAGACACAAACCAAAGUAUCGAUCCCGUCACGUCAGUGUGGAUCUGAUCCCAACGUCGGUUUCACGUCAUCGAUGCUUGUAUCGAUCCGUCCAGCCUCAGCAGCGAUGAGAUCGUGUCAGUAUCUGAGAGAGUUCAUCAAGGAGAGACUAACUGCUGUUUGUGAAGAAAUCUUCUCAGAGGUUCAAAAAACCAUCGUCCAGUAUGAGGAGGAGAUCAACCGUCAGCACAGACUGCCGGAUAUCAGCCGGAAACCCGACAGAAACUCACACAUCAUAGACCCCCCACAACAACACAACUGUAAGGGAGAGGAGGACCCAGAGCCUCCACAGAUUAACAAGGAACAGGAGGAGCUCUGCAGCAGUCAGGAGGGAGAGCAGCUUGGACUGCUGGAGACCAUCUGUGAACCUGAUAUAAUGUCACACAGAAUAGACCUCCAACAGCAGCACAUUGGUGAGGAGGAGGAGGGUCUGGAUGAGCAGCAGGUCUGUAACCAGGAGAGGAACUCCAGUCUGGACCAGGAGGACCCAGAGCCUCCACAGAUUAAAGAGGAACAGGAGGAGCUCUGCAGCAGUCAGGAGGGAGAGCAGCUUGGACUGAAGCAGGAGGCUGAUACUUUAGCAGACAACACUGCUGCUUCAGAGAGUCAAACUGAAGCAAGGGAAAAGUCUCUACAGUGUGACACUUGUGGGAAAACGUUUAAGUAUAAAUGCUUACUGGCUGCACAUUUGACAGUUCACACAGGAGAGAAACCGUUUCCUUGUAGCAAAUGUGGCAAAAAAUUCAGUCAGCUGACACGCUUGAAAAAUCACAUGAGAAUUCACAUAGGUGAGCAGUCGUAUCCUUGUAGCACCUGUGGAAAAGAAUUUAGUCAAAAAUCAGCUCUAAAAUCUCACAUAAGAGUUCACACAGGCGAGAAGCACCAUUGUUGUAGCACCUGUGGGGAAAGUUUCAUUUGGAAUAUGCAAUUAAUACGGCACAGGAGAAUUCACACAGGUGAGAAGCCAUAUUUUUGUAGUACCUGUGAGAAGAGAUUCAUUCGGAAGAUACAGUUAAAGGAUCACAUGAGAAUUCACACUGGCGAGUGUCCGUACUCGUGUAACAGCUGUGGGGAAAAGUUUAUUGACCUAUCAACAUUGAAAGCUCACGUGAGAAUUCACACAGAUGAGCAGUCGUAUCCUUGUAGCACCUGUGGAAAAGAAUUCAGUAAAAAAUCAGCUCUAAAAUCUCACGUAAGAGUUCACACUGGCGAGAAGCACCAUUGUUGUAGCACCUGUGGGGAAAGUUUCAUCUGGAAUAUGCAAUUAAUACGGCACAGGAGAAUUCACACUGAUUAACAGUUUCAUGCUUAGAGAAUAUGGGCACAGCUGCGACUUAUAGCAGUGUGCUGGUGGUAGAGCCGACACAGAGGAGCCGCCUUUUGCAGGAGUCUGCUCCUGUUGUGUAGGCUUGUUCAGUUCAGUUGUUUAUUAUCCAGGGAUCGAGUUCUGUUAUUGUUCUACUGAAGCCUCGUCUUUUUCUUUUUUAAUCAAAGCAAGAGUAACCAAAGCUGAGUGUGUUCAUUCAGGUUUUUAAGUCUCAGUUAAACAUCUAGUUUUAGUUUUUAUAUAUACUUGAAUAUUAUAGGUGGGA